UUCUCUUCUACGGAAACGUCGUCGCCCGACGUGGCUACGCCAAGCCCGCCUGCUUCAGGCCAAACGAGUAGCCAUUCCUGGCCUGUCUGCUCCCUUCACGGGAAGUGAAUUGUUUUGCGCACUUUCGAUAUCGUUAAUUUUCUCAUCGGCAAACAAGUUCGUGCAUUAUCUUUACGGUCUUCUUAAGAUAGGUUCUCGAUAACAGCGCAUGAAAGCCUAGUUUAUGGUAACGCAAUGCUCACCUGAAAUGUUAGUUAUAAUGCAUAGGGUGUUCAGCUUCUGAGAUCAUUUGGCUAUUCCGGCGUUCAUGGGCAUAACGAGACACGUGGGCAUAGAAACGAUAGGUUGGUUUCUAAUGGAUUGUAUUAGCUUGGAUAUCUUUGGCACGAUGCAUUAGAAGGCACCCUGUCUUCUAACGCCUUGCUUACGUUUGCGUUCCCGUACGUUACACUAAACGUCUUGAAGGAACGCGAACCGUAACGUCCAGAAAAAGUGUUUUCGUUUAACGUACGUCAGGCGACAAACGCUAUUCUAAAACUGUCUAUUAAACAAAUGAUCCAACGUUACGCGCACUCUAGCGUGCCGAAAAGUACUCGCACUGCAACGUAAUUAGAGCACUGAAGGAUUUUCUAAAAGUAAGCUACCUAAGGGCCCAGUAUGCUACUUUGAAACUCCAUAGCUUUCGAGGGACGCGCACCACAACCUACAGAAAGGUACUUGCGUUAACGUGCAUAAGUUGUCGAACGCUAUUCUAAAUCUGACAAUUAAAUUUGAAACAAAGUAUCGAGAAGUGAAACAGCGGCAAAGGUGUUGGAAGCACCUUUGCCGCUAAUCUAUCCACUGUCCAAUGAUUCACCAGCUUUAUCAGAAGCAGCGUAUCACUGUUUUUAUUUAUACAACCCAGUACUUAUCGCGAACAGGUACAACGCCGCCGCAUUGGAGAAGCUGUCUCGGCAUACGGCUCUAGUGAGAGAGCUCGCCAACAGGGAGGGCAUCGGCGCAGACAAAAUGGCCAGGAUGGUCAGAAGUCGGCUCAGGAGCGUCGAAGGACUGCACGACUUCAGGCGUGUGAUCCGCGUCGUCAAGCUCACUCGACGACCCGCAGCACCGGCAGUACCAGGCCAAGGCCCGCAACAAGUGGAAGGAGGUCUUCGCCUCGUUCGUCCUCCUCGCCUGUUUCGUCAUGGUCCUGAUGUUCGUCACAGGAUGGAACAAGAAAAUGACAUCCGAUGCCAAAUCGUUCCGAGGCGCUCGCCAAAGGGGCCCCUUUGGCCUUCCCGGGACGGCCCCACCUAAAGACGAAGAACUGACAACAGAGGAAGUGGUCCAGAGACCGCUGCCUCGGAGAGCCACGGAGGCGCCAGAAGACGAGGUGCGGCCUACAGAAAGGCCACACGUCGAUACGAUCACGCCGGCUGUCGACGCUGUGACAACUGAGCCAGUGCUGGCGACGUCGGCUGAACAGGGGGAUCAGCAGCAAGAGCAAGGAGGGGGCGAAAUGCAGGCCGCGCCCCGUGCGGCGGUCACCGAAGGGGGUGAAGCCGCGUGCAACACUUCACUCUGCCGCCACAUGAAGGACUGGUUCGACGCGACGGUCGGCAGCCAGGCGGACCCGUGCAAGGAGCGCAACACGUUCGUCUGUCACGCGUCCGUAGCGUUCCCCAGCUUCGACUCCAACCCAGACAAGCAUGUGGCAAUCAUCGAGGCAAACAGAACAGACGACCCAACCGACGACGGACAGAAGCAUGCAACCAGUGAAGAAGACGGCCAGGAACUCAUGAAGUCCUGCCUGAAAUACGCGUUUAAUCCGGCAAAGGGCGUGCAGGAUGUCCUGUCUUUUUUGCAACACUUCAACCUGGACCUGCGCCGCAUGACGGACGAUCUCGCAGAGGAUCCACUGCAGCGCAUGAUGCAGCUUUCUCUUGAAUACGGCGUCGACGCACCGGUGUCCUUCUCACGGAAGUAUGACGUCACUGGAGAAGCAUCAGCUGCUUUCGCUCUUGAAAUCACCUUGAACCCCGAAGUGAAGGAGUUCGUCAACGCACUGCAUUCACUCGAAGAGGAUGACGUCGACGACUUCUACCAGUUCCUCCUCACCCACUACGCUCUUGUGGACGAUGCGAACGUGACGGAGCAGCUCAUGGAUGCGGACACGGAGAUCGCAGAGUUCGUGAACGAGACUGCAGCAGGCUCCAGGCGACCACACAGAAUGAGCAUCGGAAGCCUCGCCAACUCCACAGGCAUCUCGACAGACCGGUGGCAGUGGCUUUUUGCUCGGUUCGGCCUUUCCAAGCACGGCUUGAACGAGCACGUGACCGUGGACGAGCAGGCGCUAGCCCUGGUGGCGUACCUGUCGAGGCCCGAAGAGAGGCUGGCUAUGCGACGCGUGCUCGCCUGGAACGUCCUCCGCUACCUGGUCGGACCCAAGGCGGACGUUGUGGCGGCUCUAAACUGGACCCGGGCUGUAGAAGACCUCCCGGACAAGAAAGCAGUCAUGCCAACGCCGGAGACGAAGUGUCAGCGAUUGGUGGACCGACUGAGCGGCGUGCCGCACAGGAUCCUGGACUUAUUCGACGGCAAAACCGCAGUGCCCGCAGCGACCAUCUCGGGUGUCACCGGCUUCAUGGCAGAGCUCCAGGAUGCCGUGGCUUCCAUCUUCAAUUUCGGCGCGGCGAAUGGCAGCGCCAUCGCAGCAGAAAGAGACUCUGUGCCUUCUCGAAGAGCCAGCGCUACGUCGCAAGCGGCGCUGUUCCCGGAUUCUGGACGACAGGACGCUGACCCCGAACAUCUUUUCUUGGCGCUUGGAGGCACGACAAAGAGAACGGACGGAACUAUGCUUGCGGGUACCCGUGGGAGCAGGAGGCAGCUUCCCCCAGCUAUGGCUGCGUCGCCUUCGCGCCUGGCACGCCCUCCCACCGCUGGCGCAGGCGCUGCUUCCGGCGAUGACGUCAGCGGUCAGCGUGGACUCUCCGGCCACCUUCUUCCGGCCACCAUUGUACGUUCCUGGAGCACCACCCGAGUACAACCUCGCCGCGCUCGGGUCAGGUGCGAGUAUCGCCAAUACUUCUUUUCGUUGCCAUAG